CUUGAUCGAAGAUCAUCAAUAAGCAGGUAAGUAGUUUGCUGUACCGUUAUGAUUACAGAUGACCGAAAGAGGAGAGAGAUGAGAAAAGGGCUGCAGAGAAAGGAAAGCUGAACUCGCUUCGCGGUAUGAACUUGUUCAGAUCCGUUUUGUCCCGCCCGUAGGCUAGUAGAAUCAUUUGAGGCCACAAGAACAUUGAGCUAAGUGGGAUCCGAUCUGACCUGCAUGUGCUGUGUGUAGCUCGAAGAACUGGAAUUUAAGUGAGCAGUGUUGAGAACAAUAGUCGCGUUUCUCUCUUAGCAGAACGCUCUCGUAGUUCAAUGCUUGCUUGUUUGAAGUGCACGCAUGCCAUGCAGUCGGAGAGCGGCAGAGCAGUGUCUGGAGUGUCAGAGAGCAGCACAUGAGCUGGCUAGGAUCUUGCACGUGCCUGCGAGGAUCAUGCGCCCUGGCGUUGCACCUUAUCAAGUGUCUGGUGCGGUUAUGGAGGUUAAUAUAAGGAACAGCAGAUGGGGAAAUAGCCACGACAGCUUGUCCCGAAUCGUGAGUGCAAGCCAAAAAAAAUCAAUAUCGAGGAAGAUGAAAUACGCGAAGCAGAGGAACAUGCACAAGCAAACUACACUGCCCCCAGUGCCGAUAAGAAUGUGCAGAGGCGCGAUAGGCAAGAAGGGGGUGGCAAAAGGCAAUUUGCGAUCACACGCCCAUGCGGUGGCCUCGAACUACCGGACACACGACGUUUCAGAAGUAGUGUUAAGGCCUUAAUUCUGUAGCAGAAAAUCGACGCAUUUCCCUCGACGCGGCGGGAUUAUUUCAGUCGUGCACAAGUGAUUGUGAUAGACGACUGAGAGUGGCGGCUUGACCAAGAGGACGGCCCCACUAAGAGGAAUUUGGAUCAAGAAAGAGUUCAAAUUCAAGUUUGAUGUGGUAUAUCCAAGAAUUUCUGAUUUUAUUUCGUUUUAAUUCAAAUUCAUUUCCUGAUGUGCCAUUGUUUACUAGCAAUGUUUUCACUACUUCAAGAUCUUUUCGAUUGAUGUCAAAUGUGUCAAUAUGUGGAAUUGGUGAGACGUAGAGGUAUAUUAAGGAUCAGUAUGAGUUGCCUGACGUGUUUCAGGAUGAGAAUUGAGGAGAAUUUAGAUAAAAACGAAAAAGUCUGGACUUUUGAGUAGCAAAAUUUUCAACAUUCUCAAUUUGUGCUUCAUUUGGACUGUGAAGAUGCCUGAAAUCAACUCAAUAUGAACAGCAUAUGAUGGAAACUCAAGCAUUUACUGCUAUUUGGUUUGGAAUACAAGAUGAGAAAGCGUUACGAUUUCAUCUCGGAGGUCAUUUUGGUGGUCUAGAUGCGUUGUAUUAACGCGAAAACUAGUAUACAUACAGAUACAUGCUAGGGACGCAUGAUUUGCACUAAUAUACCAUGCUCAUCAACAGCCGUACCUACAUUCAAUACUGGGCAUAUUAUUAAUCAUUCAAGAACUUGAAGAUCUCAGGCAGUCUCUUGAUGGAUUGAAGAACUUGAGCAUGCUAUUAGUCGACUUCGACGAACAAGAGAAUUGUCGAGAAAAUCCUAACUCUAGCGUGGUAUUAUCUCUGUUUCGUCGUGCUUAAUAUCAGAAGAAGGUACAUUUCACUGG